AUGGCGAGGAUGAGCGGUGGGCAGCAGCGCGUGCAGGCGCCGCGACGGAUCGGCGAGUACGAGGUUGGGGGAACGCUUGGCGAAGGGACGUUCGCGAAGGUGAAAUACGCGGUGCACGCGACGACGGGCGAGCCCGUGGCGAUGAAAGUGCUGGAUAAGGAGAAAAUUAUUCGGCAUAAAAUGGUGGACCAGAUCAAGAGAGAGAUUUCGGUGAUGAAGCUCGUCCGGCACCCUAAUGUGGUGCGGCUGUAUGAGGUUCUCGCAUCUCGCACCAAGAUCUAUAUCAUUCUCGAAUUCGUCACAGGCGGAGAGCUCUUUGACAAGAUUGUGAACAAGGGUCGGCUGGAGGAGGAGGAGGCACGGCGGUAUUUCCAGCAGCUGAUAGACGCCAUGGAGUAUUGCCACAGCAAAGGCGUGGCCCACCGAGACCUCAAGGUAGAGUGGAUUCAAACUUGUUGGAAUUGCAAAAUCUCAGCAUUGUGCAGUUUCCUCUUUCUUGGUGUACUUGUGUUUCUGCAGGCGGACGGCUUGCUCCACACCACGUGCGGCACGCCCAACUAUGUUGCUCCAGAGGUGCUGAGUGACAGAGGCUACAACGGGGUUUUGGCGGACAUCUGGUCAUGCGGGGUCAUUCUCUACGUGCUCCUUGCCGGCUUCCUCCCCUUCGAUGAGCCUGACGUCCCUUCUCUCUACAAGAAGAUCCAACGGUCGGAUUUUGGGUUCCCCACGUGGUUCUCUGCUGGAGCAAAGAGGCUCAUCACUGGCAUUUUGCAGCCCAACCCUAAACUGAGGUACCGGUAUCAGGAAAUAAAAAAGGACCCAUGGUUCCGCACCAACUAUGUUCCUGUGCCGGUCCCUGUUGAUACUGCUGACGACAAUAUGAAUGAUGUUGAUGCUGCCUUCGGUGCUGCUCCUGCUGCUCCUGCUGCUGCUGCUGGUGCUGCUGCUGCUCCUUCUGGUGCUGUCAAAUCCGCUGCUCCCGGUGGUGCUGCUUCUGGCGCUGCUUCUCGUGCAGCCAAGUCUGCUGCUGGCAGUGCUGGUAGUGCUGGUAGUACCCUUGUUGGUAGUGAGAAUGCGUCUGGGACUUGCAAAGGCAGUGGUUCAAGUGCGGGCACCAGUGGUUGUGCUUCAUGCUCUGAGCAGCAGCAGCAGCAUCAGAAUGAGCAACAGGUUCAGAGCGGUUUGGAGGGGCCUGGGGACCUGAAGGGUUCACACAGAGGGGGGUUGUCUUGUCAGCUGAGAGGCAUGACUCCUGUGCUCAAUUACAAGAGUGGAAGAGGAGUGGAGCACACUCCAUUUGGUGUGUUUGCCAUUCUCCCCAGCCUCCUCAUGGUGGAGAUGCGGCAUGAAUUGGGCCGCACACAGGAGUCUCUGCAGAUGCGCCAUGCACUACGCGCCAAGCUUCAAGACCUGAUUACAGCCCCACACACCCCAAACACAGCAAACGAUAAAAGCAGCAAGGGCAAGGGCACGGGGCUUAAGCAAACCCGCCCGCGGCAGCUUGCCGCUUAUCCCCGCAUGGGGAUCAUUCCACGUGUGUAA